CGGGAGCAUACAUUAAGUUGAUUGUCUUGGGUCAAAUAAGAUCGUUAGUGAUAAUGAAGACUGCGAAUUUCUUGAUCUGCUUGUUAUGGGUUUGUUUAAAUAUCACAAAGGGAAAUUUUCAAGACUCGUCUCAAGGGGCUAUAGCUAAUGAGAUGUGUAAAAUCUACACAGAGAACGCUAAGAAGAAUAACAGUUGUCCUAUCCCACUUUUUACUCCCUUAAUAUCUAGGGGUUUAUUCGCAGAAAGGGCAGAAUUUCCUCAUAUGGUACAGGUUGGUUACAAGGGCGAGAAUGGAACUGAGUGGCUUGUUAGUGGUUUUAUAAUUAGUAAAAAUUACGUGAUUACUGUAGCUCAUGGUACUAGGCCCCGUGAUAGGAAUGCACCUGAAAUAGUAAGAGCUGGAGUAACAGAUAAAGCGGACCUGUCAACAGCGCAGAUAAGAACAAUUGAGUCUAUCAUAGUUCAUCCUGAGUAUAAACCACCAAUAAAAUACAACGACAUAGCCCUUAUCAAAGUUAAGGAAGAUUUUAUAUUUAAUAAGUUUGUUAGCCCAAUAUGUUUACAUACCAACGAAGAAAAUCCAGAUGUAAAAGGUAUUCACUCGGGAUGGGGUCCAACAAAUUAUUUAGAAGACAGACCAACCCACAUGGUAAAGAUUUUAGUAAACUUUGACAGUAACGAAAGUUGCAAUAAGAUUUACAGUCGUCAAAGUACCAGUUCUUUACCACAAGGCAUAAUAAAAGAUAGACUGGUGUGUGCUGGAGGGAACACAAUUGAUGGAUGCCAGAGUGAAUCUGGAGGUCCUUUGCAAAUUUUCCGUAGAGAUGAAAGCGGAACGAAUUGUAUGUACGACGCUGUAGGAAUUUCUUCAUUUGGAGUACCUUGCGGAAUUUCUCAAAAGCCGUCAGUAUUUACCAGAGUGUCCCAUUAUAUCCCAUGGAUAGAAAAAAAUGUCUGGCCUCAAAAAUAGACGUGAAAACUUUUGUCAUCUGAGCAAUAAAAUCAAGCAACAAAUAAAAUGAACUCAAAACAAAUGUUUUAUUAAAGAACACUAUAUACAAUUUUACGCUACAUAAACUAUGUAAACAUGUUAAUACAUAAAUAGAGCUGCUUUAAAA